UCUAAGAUGAGAAAUAUAACAGUAUCUAUAAAAUUUUGAGUCGGUGCUUGAGACGAAUCAUAUUUUUUAAGACACGGCAUUGAGAAGAAACGGCAACCGUUUACACGAUUCUAAAGAAAAACUAUGGCGGUAACGAAGGAAGCUAUUGCAAUUGUGCUGGACGUAGGACGUUGUAUGCAUGAUGAAACGAAGUACUCAUCAAUACUACAGGAUGCUAAAAAUUGUAUAACAAUGAUUAUUCAAAGAAAGAUAUUUUCAGAAUCUAAAGAUGAAAUAGCUCUUAUAUUAUUUGGAACAUUGGAGACUUCGAACUCAUUCACAGAACAGGGUAGUUCUGACUAUCUAAAUAUUAAUGUUAUUCAAGAUUUGAAGCCUGCAAAUUGGGACUUAUUGGGGUAUGUUAAUGAUAUAACAGGCACAGACUUUCCGUCUGAAAUUAUCAGAGAGAAUGCUUUAUCAGUUGCAGUGGAUUUGCUUCAAAAUAAUGUCAAUGGAAAGAAGUUCUUUACACGAAGAAUAUUGUUCCUCUCACGUUUUGAUGAUAUGUUCUCUCCUAGCAGUAUGGAUAGAAUAUGUGAAGACUUAAAAGCAUUUAAAAUUGAUCUGAAUCUCAUUGGACCUAUAAGUGCAUCUGAUGAGACACUGACCAAUCAAAAUGUCUUCCAACUUGAUCAGAAAAUAUAUAGAAACCUUGAUCAGGGGACGACUGAAAAUGCUAUUUGGAAAAUUCUCAGGGAAGUAAAUGGUGAAGCAUACACUUUUAGUGAAGCUUUGCCUGCAUUAAUUUAUUACCAGAAGAAGAAAGUUCAGCCUCAACCUUGGAAUGCUAAUUUGGACAUUGGAACUAACUUAACUAUUCCUAUAAGUGCCUACCUAAAGGUUAAUGAAUGUAAAGCAAAACCUUGGAAAAAUGCAUAUGCUGAAAAACUGAAUGCUAAGAUUGAAAAGAGAGUGGCUUAUCUUAUGAAUGAUGAAUUUCAAAUAGAAGUUUCUAAAGAGAAUAUAGUUCCAGCUUUUAAGUAUGGCACAACACUUGUCCCUUUUACUGAAGAAGAUAAGAUGAAUAUGGAUUACCAGUCUGGUGAAAAAGGCAUGAAAGUUCUUGGUUUUACCAAAUCUGAAAAUAUUUUGAGGUUUCAUUAUAUUGGAGACAAAUCCAUGUACGUCUUUGGUCAAAAGAAUCGAGAGCUGGCAGGUGUUAUAUUAGCUCCAUUCAUACAAGCAUUGCAUGAUACGAAUAUGGUUGCUAUUGUUCGUUAUGUGUAUUCGCCUCGCUCGGCACCCAAGAUCGGAUUCUUGUAUCCCAAAAUCAAGCCAAAUUAUGAGUGUCUCAUAUUCAUUGCCCUUCCAUUUAUGGAAGAUAUGAGGCAUUUUAUAUUCACUCCCUUAAAGCAAGAAAACACAGAUUUUUAUCCUACAGAUGAACAGCUUAAUGCUGUGGAUGGUUUAAUUACAUCAAUGGAUUUGAGUGCUGCAUCUGUAGAGGAUGAUGGCAGUUUUUGUGAGAGCUUGAAACCAAAGACAACUGUUAAUCCUUAUUUACAACGGCUUUAUCAGUGUCUGCAGCACAGAGCUUUUCAUCCAGAUAAACCUUUGCCAGAGAUUGCACCACAGAUACAAGAUAUAAUAAAUCCUCUUCCAAAUGUUCUUCAAAAGGCAGAGCCAUAUAUGCAGAAGGUCAGGGCUCUUUUUCCAUUAAAAGAAUGUUUGCCAAAGAAAACUGGAGAAAAUAGAAUUUACCAGAAUGUUCUAGUGCUGAUUUAAAAAGCAGGAGAAAAACAUUUCACUUCAGUUGUUUACGUAGCUGCUGUAAUUUGGAGAUCGGAUUAGCUUUCUCUGUGCUUUGAUUUGUGUUCUGUUUAACAUUUUACUAGUUUAAAAUAUAACUACUGUGUGAUAUUGUACAAAUAUCUGUGAGGAAAAAUUUCAGCAUUUUGUUUUAUUUCUUGUGUAAGAAUAAAUUUUAUGAACUUUUCAUGAGACUUGUAUUCAGUCUAUUACGAUUAAAAUUGUUUUGUAUGCAUGCAACAAUAUAAUUCAGAUCUUAAACUCACUUUUAUGAAUCCUGAAGCAAUUAAUCAAAAUAAAUCACAUGUAUUUUCUUUUUUUGUUUGUUUAACUCUAUGUUUUUUAUAUCUUAGUAUAGUUAUUCAAAUAAUUUUUCAUAGGCAGCACAAGAACCUAAAUUAGAAAUUGAAGAUCUCUGACAAUACCCCUGCUGCUAAAUUCUAGUGUUUCAUUAGCCCUGUUAGUGAUAAAGUCACUGAAUCCUGUGCUUUUCUUUCAUUAUAUAAUAAUUGGUUGAUAAUGGCGAAGCUCAUAAGGGCUGCGAGGAGUGCCUUUUGGAGAAAACUUUCAGAUAAAAACUUAUCCAAACGAAAAGACUAAAUAAAAUUCAAUAUAGUCAACACAUUUCUCUGGGAAUUGAACUGAAAUGAAAGGUAAUGCUACCAAUGUUUGGUAGUGCUAUAUGUUUGUCAACUGGUGGACUCAAUGUAUAUUUACCUAAAAAUUUUAUUUCAUUCUCAUUGGAACACCCUGUUAAUUUGUAUAUGAGUAAUUGUGUUAAUAAUUUUGUAAAUAAAUUUUUUUUUAAAUAUGCUUGAA